AGCUCCACUUAAAUGGGGGCUCAACAAAAACAUCUCCAUGUCACAUGCAAACACGCGUCCUCUUUUCUCUUACAAAAAGCAAAAAAGAACUCUCUGGAACUCUCUAUUCAGCGCCACUCUCCCCCAACAAAACAAAAGGAAAAAAAAGUUUACCUAUCAAAAGCUCACCAAUACUGUGAAAAGCCAUUGAUAGAGCUCACAAUAACGCUUGAUAGUCUCCCGGAGAGAGCAAUGUCGAGGGUUUACGUUGGUAAUUUGGAUCCUCGGGUAACUGAGAGAGACCUUGAGGAUGAGUUUCGUAUCUACGGCGUUCUUCGAAGUGUUUGGGUUGCAAGACAACCGCCAGGUUAUGCAUUCAUUGAGUUCGACGAUCGCAGGGAUGCUCUAGAUGCUAUUCGCGAGCUAGAUGGGAAAAAUGGUUGGCGUGUGGAGCUCUCACACAAUUCAAGCGGUCGUGGUGGAGGCCGUGGUGGUCGUGGAGGUGAUGAUACGAAAUGUUACGAGUGUGGUGAGCCAGGUCAUUUUGCUCGAGAGUGCCGCUUGUGCAUUGGUUCACGAGGACUUGGAAGUGGGCGACGUCGAAGUCCUAGUCCUCAAUAUCGUAGAAGUCCCAGUUAUGGGAGAAGGAGUUAUAGCCCUCAUGGAAAAUCUCCUCGAGGUCGUAGCCUAUCUCCUCGUCGUGGACGCAGCUACAGCAAGUCACCCCCCAAUCACCGGGGCCGCUAUGUGUCACCUUAUGCCGACGGUUUAUCACCUUGUCGUGGCCGUGGCAGCUAUAGCAGAUCCCCAGCAUAUCGUCGUCAUCGUGAUUCUCCUUAUGCAAGCGGAGCUUGAUGGUCUGAGUGGGAAAUACAACUGAGGCUCUUCGUUUGUAGUCUGAUAGGCUUGUCAAAAGAGUAGCAUUAUGUAGUUUGUUUCUGUGAUAAAUGGUGUGUUCGAACUGGAUUAUGGGAGGCUUCUGCUCUCCAUAGCCACCUCCGGACUUCAUUCUUGUGCCGGCUUUUCUCAGUUCAGCAAACUUUGGAGGUCUCUUUUAUACUUCAUUAUUGUUUAAUGUGUGCUCUUAAUUGCUAUGACUAUUAUCAUAAAGUCACCUUUUCGUAAAAUA